AUGUCUAAUAAUGGUAAUUCUUUGGAGGAUUUGAGAUCGAAAAUUAUUGCUUCAAUGGGCCAUGCAGGAGAAGGUUCCGAUGAGCAAAAAAACAUUUUGGAACUAAAUAGGAGACAGAAGUACAAUGGUACUCAGGCGCAAAGUAUGAAUGUUCGUAAACCAUCAAGAUUUGGACCAGGGAGUGGCAAGAACGGAGUCGAUGAUCCAAGGAGAGGUACUGGCCCUAAUGCUUACAACAGACGAGAUGGCAAUAAUAAUAGGCAAGCAGAGUAUAGCAAUUCUAACCAUGGUUAUGAUAACGAUGGUAGAAAUACUAGAUACCAAAGAUAUCAAAAUAACUAUUCUAACCAGCGGUACAGAUCAGGAGAGAGAUACCAACAGAAUAAUGAUAGGAAUCCACACGCAAGAGAUUACCAACGGAAUCCAAGGACGGUGGGUCCUGAUCUACAACUGCAGGAUGUCAUAUCUAUUGACAAACGAGAGCGCAUGAAACCAUCUAGAUGGGACAAGACUCCAAAGGGGUUUGAAAAAGUAGCUGCUGAGAGAGCCAAACUUUCUGGUUUAUUUCCUCAACCUGGUCAACCGCAGAUUGUCGACAAAAGGAAACUGGCUAGUGUGGUGUAUCAUAGAGGUAGAAAGAGCAGAAGAACUAGGAUUCUAUUCGAAGACGAUGCUGUCGAGAACAUUAAAUUCUCCAAAACAAAUUCACAGGUGGUUAUCACAUUGAAAGAUGAACGUCUCAACAUCGCUUCCAUAGUUGUUGAGAUAAGAAAGAUUGUUGGUGAUAUAAUAAACAGUUUCGACUACGACUAUGACUUAAAAGACGUUAGACACAACUCCGAUAAUAUAGUUCUAGAGUUCGAUUGUAUGGAAAUCAGUACUGUCAUCCUUGGUUGUCAAAACUACAUUAACAGAAAGUUAAACGUCCCAACUCCUGACAUUGAAUGGAGCAGACCUGGAUGUUUUGUAUUGCAGACUGGCCACACCAGCGAAUUAUGUGACAGAGAGAUUAUAUGUAUUCAAGACUUUGAUAUAACAGAGAGUGAGGGUGAGUUGAGCGAUGAUAAAAUCAGGAAACAACUUGAAGAUCUGGGUGUCAAGAACAUCUCUCAUCUCAAGCCAGUUUAUAGAAAAUCUAGAGACACUGCCGAGGUCAGGAAUGACUCCUUGCUUGCGAGUGGCAAGCAAGUUACAGAGACCAGUACGACCACAAAUGACUCGUCAACGAUGCCACCACCACCUCCACCGCCUGUGAUUGCAGACUUGACCGAAUUCCGUACCUCGGAAAAAGAGUUCACAAACUGUGUCGUGUUAAAACUUGAUAAUACUAAGAACGAUAACAGUGAUGAUUCCUCUAGCAAAGCGUUUUCGAUACUACAAGAGAAAUUCACAUUGUGUAAACCAAACUACACAGACCGAGUGCAAAACCCAGAAGACCUCACUUUCCAAUCCCUACCUAAAAUAGUUGGCCAGCAUAACAAUGUAUUUGAAUCCCGGGUAUUACUAUUACUGAACUGUGUAGACCCAUUGGACUUAAAAAAUGUUGCUUUCAUAGACGAAAUCAAAGACACCUUUUAUGAACGAUUCAACAAACAAGAAGAAAAAGACCCGAUACAAGACAUGAAAAUUAUCCAACCAAAUGCAAACUACCUCCUAAACUUCAGCCAUCUUCACGAAAAUGUCGGUAACAUAUACAUCCUCUUCUCUAACAUCGCCCAAGCCAGGCAAGCAAUGCAACAACUACAAGGUUCCAAGUUCAACGAUCGAACCAUCCUUUGUUCAUUCUUCCACGAGACCGAUUACCAUAACUUAGAGAUAUUAUAA